AUGUUGCGUGCCGCCUCGUCUCUCGCUGGCAGGGGCACACGCCGUCGGCAGGCCGGCGCCGCUGGUAACCACCAGCGUGGCGAAACUGAUGGCUCGUCGCAGCCUCAGCAGGACAAUGCAAGUCCGAGUGGACACGGCGAGGGCAACUUGCCGUCGUGCGUGCUGACUUGCUCGCGCAUGCCGUGCCAUGGGCCCUCCACCCGUGCCACAUGGGGGCAGCAUGAAGCUGCACUGGUAGCGCUCAAGAUGUUCCCCGCGGACUGCGUGAUUGGCAACCAGGCGGCCACGCCCAUUCCUGUGGGCACCUACAACUCCUCCAGCUACUCCUCCGUCAAGCUCACCACCGCCUUCACCAUUGGCAGCAAGGCCUAUACCACCUCCGGGACCACCGCCACCAUGACCUUCACGCGUACCACCGGGGAUGGUGGCGCGGCGCCCGUGCUCGUCAGGGGCGUCAACAACAUCAUCUGGGCCUACAGCGGCUCCUCCACCACCGUCGGCAGCCAUGCUGAUAGGUGCGUUGUGCUCUCUCUCUCUCUCUCUCUACCUCUCUAUCAACCUACCUCUCUCUACCUCUCUCUACCCCUGUCUCUACCCCUCACCUCUCUCUACCCCUCGACCUCUCUCUACCCCUCUCUCUACCCCUCUACCUCUCUCUUCCCCUCUCUCUACCUCUCUCUACCCCUCUCUCUACCUCACUCUACCCCUGUCUCUACCUCUCUGUACCUCUCUCUUCCCCUCUCUCUACCGCUCUCUACCCCUCUCUCUACCUCUCUGUACCUCUCUCUUCCCCUCUCUCGACCUCGUCAAUAUUGUUUACCCCCUUUCGUCGCCUCCUUUCCCCACCCCGUGUCCACCCUCUCUCUCUCUCAGGGGAACCACCACAGCCGACUUCUCCUGCAAUGGCUCCCCUCCACCUCCGCUGUCCCCUUCUCCUCCUCCACCUUCCUCUCGCCCCCCUCCUGUCCCCUCUCCCCCCCCUCCUGUCUCCUCUCCCCCACCUCCUGUCUCCUCUCCCCCCCCUCCUGUCUCCUCUCCCCCCCCUCCUGUCCCUUCCCCUCCCCCUCCUGUCUCCCCCCCUCCUCUCACCGCCUCCCCCCCUCCUCCUUCCCCAUCACCCCCUCCCCCGUCUGCAUACGCCUCGGGUUCUCGCGCAUCAAGGGCACGGGCAUGGCGGCCAAGUUUGCCUCGACGGCAGUGUCGAGGCUCAUCUGGGCCUUCUCGGGCUCGGGAAGCUCGCGCCUCAACUUCCAUGAAAGCAACUUUGGAACUGCCAAGGAUGAGGUCACAGCGCUAACCGGAUUGUGCUCGCCCCGCGAUGACUCACCGUCUCGGCACUCGUUGAAGCGACUGAAGAAUCUCAACAACGGCUGCACCCCCACCACCGCCGCCACUUUCUCUCCUCCUCUCCCUUCCAGCACCCCUGCUGCUAUCGUUCAGGCAACUGCUGAAGCAGCCGCCACUAAUUCAACCCCAUGUCCAAGAUCCGACGGUCAAGAUCCGUGGCCUGUUGCCGUCCGGCCUCCGCAACAAUCCUUGAUCGUUUCAGAGCCAUCGUUGGAUGUGCCAGACGCGAACGAGAUCGACGGCUGUGAUCGCUCUCCCGUCGUUGCUGGAGUUUCUAAAAAGAGGAAUCACCGUCGAUUUGCCAGUUCCGAUCGGCAUGAGCUCUCUGAUGAUACGUCAUCUUCGCAUCGUUCUCGCAGUGAGAGUGCGAGGGAUGAGCAGAUUCGGUCAGCGGGAGAAUCGAAACCUACUGCUGAAACAGGAGGAGCAGCUGAUGUAGCAGCGACAGCAGGAGAAGCAGACACAGCCGCAUCUGCAGAAACAGCAGGAGAAGCAGGCACGGUAGGAGCAGGAGAAACAGCGGGAGGAGCAGAAACUGCAGGAGCAGCGGAAACAGCAGGAGCAGCGGAACCUUCAGAAACGGUUGAAGCGGUAGGAGCUGCAAAUGUCUCGGUUGGAGGGAUUGAUGAACCCGGGGAAGCGCAUGCUGCUGCGACGGACGAUCCGGCAGUUGCGGAAGUGAGCGAAGCUUGGGUACUGCAUCGACAGCAGCAGCAUCUGGGAGGCGAAGGUUCGGAUCGACCUGAUCCGUCGGCCAGUUCCGGUGAGCGGUUGACGAGAGGGCAUGACGGGGGGUGUGGUGCUCCUAGUGACGAGCGAGAGCCGGGUGAAGUGGAUGGAGAGAUGGGAGAGGGGGGAGAGGCGGGAGAGGGGGGAGAGGGGGGAGAGGAAAGGGUUGAAAGGAAUGAAGUGGAGGCGGGAGAGGGAGGGGAAGAAGGGGAGGAAGGGGAGGACAACGGGGAAGGGGAGGAGGGAGAGGAAGGUGAGGAAGGGGAAGCAGCGGAGGAAGGAGAGGAGGGGGAGGAAAUGGAGGAGGGAGAGGAAGGAGAGGAAGCGGAAGAAAUGGAGGAGGGAGAGGAAGGAGAGGAAGGGGAGGAAGGGGAGGAAGGGGAGGAAGGAGCGGAAAGAGAGGAAGGACAGGCAGGUGAGGAAGGGGAGGAAGGAGAGGAAGUGGAGGAAGGGGAGGAAAGGGAGACGCGAGCAUCAGGAGAAGGAUUGGUGGGCAUCGGGGCAGAAGAAGUGGUGAGCGUGAGAGUGAUCGUGGAGGAAACAGAGGAAGGGGAAACAGAUUCACAGAUGGCCGAGUUAAGUGAAGGAGAGGAACGUGGAACAUCUGCUGCAGGCGGAGAAAUGGCGGGCCUUGGAGCUGGGGAAGGUGGUCCGGGAGAAGCGGAGCAGGCAGCACAGGAGGAAGCGUCAGAUAUUAAGGGAUCGGCGGGUCAAGAGCAGCGGAUGGAGGAGAGGCGUGCGAGUGGGGAGCAAGAAGGGAGUGCAGGGCAACGGGGAGAUGCGGAGCAGAGGGUUGAUGGCAACGGGAUAAUGCGCGAGACGAUUGAUUUAAGUGGGGAGGACGACGAUGACGUACUCGUACUCUCUCCUGAUGCUGUGCGGAGCGAGGGCAGGCGUAGGAGUACGAGGGGAGCACUGGCGGGCGCAGGACAGAGUGGUGGUGGUGGUGGUACGCAGACCGGUGUGCGCCGGUUCUUCAUACCUGAGCGCCCCUCCUCGCGUGCAGCUGCUUCCAGCACUCACGUGCCGGCUCGACGAGUCACGCGGCAGGCAGCUGGUAUGCUGUGA